UUCGAAGUAAUGCUUGUGACUAUUGUUCUAUGUGUAUCAUAGCUACUAGUGUUGGGCCUCUGAGCAAGCAACAGACAGCAUUCUAAAGAGCGUUAGCUGGGCAUUCAUUUACCAACCACUUUGUCUUUCUGUCCUAUAUUUCGAAAGCACCUUCACUCUGAUUUUUUAUGACUUCUGGGAUUGUUUCCUGGAUGAGGAGCGGCCCUGUGUGUGUGCUUUAGAUUGCCAGGCUUGGCGUCAGAUACACCUGCAACAUGCGUAUGUACACACUGUGCUCUCUCCGCGAGAAGAUCCUCGAAAAACACCAAACGCACUGAAGAAGUGGAUUCCACCCCAGGGAAGUGCGGGACAUUGCUAGGAAGGAUGAAGACACUGAAAGCUAAUGAGAUGCGGAUUUAAGACACAGUCAAAUUUGUGAAAGCGGCUGGACAUGUUGGAGAUAAAGGUGUUGUCUGAUUUGGACGUCAGGGACGUUUUCAGCCGACAUUUCUUACUGAAGUUGAAGGCUCGGUGCCUGUAGGGCUUUUUCGUGGCUUCACCAGCAGAUAUGCAGGGACCUGGGUUGGGGAGAGACCCCCAGGCAAAGAAGAGGAGAGUGGUGAUCCCAAGCUGGACUUAUGAUGAGGAAGCUGAGAGAUUACAGAAGAAGUACAGUGGGAAUAAGAUCAGGACCACCAAGUACACCUUCCUCUCUUUCAUCCCCAAGAACCUGUUUGAGCAGCUUCACCGCUUCUCCAACUUCUAUUUUCUUUUUUUAGCUGCGUUAAAUUUCGUGCCCAUUGUGAACGCGUUUCAGCCAGAGAUUGCAGUCAUACCCAUUGUUCUGGUAAUGUCCGUCACAGCUGUAAAAGACCUGUGGGAAGAUCAGCGAAGGAGAAAAUCUGACCGGCAGGUCAACAACCUGCUUUGUGACACGUAUGACAGGAGGCAGAGGCGAUAUGUGGAGCGGCGCUGGGCUGAAGUUUGUGUGGGUGAUGUAGUGCGUCUGUGCUGUAAUGAGAUCAUUCCUGCUGACAUGGUGCUGCUCCACUCAUCUGACCCAAAUGGAAUAUGUUACAUUGAAACUGCCAAUCUGGAUGGGGAAACAAACCUCAAACAGAGACAGGUGGUCCGAGACCUUCCUCAACAAGGAUCAGAAUUUACUCCAGAAAACUUCAACAGUCGCAUCGAGUGUGAAAACCCCAAUAAUGAUCUGAGGCGCUUUAGGGGCUACAUGGAGCACCCUAAUAAAGUAAGAGUGGGAUUACAUAGUGAAAACCUCCUGUUGAGAAGCUGUACAGUGAGGAACACAGAGACUGUGACUGGCAUUGUGGUCUAUGCAGGUCAUGAGACAAAAGCAAUGCAGAAUAACAGCGGGCCGCGCUAUAAGCGCAGUAAACUGGAGCGCAGGCUUAAUGUAGAUGUCCUGUGGAGUGUAGUCCUACUGCUGCUCAUGUGCCUUACUGCUGCUGUGGGCCAUGGUGUGUGGCUGAGCGGUCUGAAGGAUCCUGUCUUCAUGAUCCCUGAUGACACACACCCUGCCCUUGCUGGCUUCUACAUGUUCUGGACUAUGAUUAUUGUCCUGCAGGUGCUCAUUCCAGUCUCCUUGUAUGUGUCUAUAGAAAUAGUGAAGUUGGGACAGAUCUAUUUUAUCCAGAAUGAUCUGGAUCUGUAUAAUGCCAGGCUGGAUUCUAGUGUGCAGUGCAGGGCACUGAACAUUACGGAGGAUCUAGGACAGAUCCAGUACCUGUUCUCUGACAAGACAGGAACCCUUACGGAGAACCGCAUGCUGUUCCGCCGGUGCACUGUUGCUGGCACUGAGUACCCUCAUCAUGAAAACGCACGUGCCAUGGAGCUGUAUGAAGAGCAGUGCCACGGGCCGCUGGAUAACACACUCUCACUGCGCUCUCGCUCCAGCAGGAAGUCUCUCAACUGCAAUCACAGCUCCGUAUCUCUCAACACACUUGCUGCAGGCUCUGACAUACACUCGCCACAUGACACACUCCGGCGACACGCAGCUGGGGCUUUUAGCAGUACCAUGGAGUGCGCAGUGGUUCCAGAUGUGCAGCUACAGAGAAAGCUGAGUGCGCUCUCCUCUCCUAUGUGUCCUCCUCUUAGACAUGACACUGCAGAACUCUCCCACAUCCUGGACUUUUUCCUUGCUCUAACCGUCUGCAACACAGUGGUGGUGUCCUCCCCCAGCCAGCCGCGCCACAUGGUGCAGAUGCCGGUGGCUCGCACUCCACUGCGCUCUCUGGAAGAGAUGAAGGCUCUGCUGCAGAAACUCAGCCUCCCUCGCUUCUCCCUGUCCCCCUCUCAAAGCGCAGACAGCCCCCCGGGCCUUACCCGCAGACUGUUCUCCCGGGGCCGCUCAGCCACCUAUGCCCCAAACACCCCCAACACCCCAAGCGCUCAGCCACACACACCCACUUUCACCACGCCUAGCCACACACCGACACACACUCCAUCACCCAGCUCCACCCCCUUGCCCAACCAUAGGGGAGCCUGUGGGAAGGAUGAGGAGCGGCUGCUGCAGCAGCAGCAGCCUCACAUAGAGCUAGCUGACGAAGACUCUGUCGAAGAAGAAGAUGGCGAUGAUGAUGAUGACGAUGAGGAGGAGGAGGAGUUGCUGUAUGAGGCGGAGAGCCCAGAUGAAGCAGCCCUGGUGCAGGCAGCCAGGGCGUACGGCUUCACUCUGCUGGGCCGGUCCCCGGAGCAGUUGCUAGUAGCCCUGCCUGGCACCGGACCCCUCUCUGUCCCGCUCCUGCAUCUGCUGCCCUUUGACUCUGCACGCAAGAGGAUGUCAGUGGUGGUGCGGCACCCGCUUACUGGCCAGGUGGUGGCCUACACCAAAGGAGCUGACAAUGUCAUCAUGGAACUGACCACAACAUUAGCUGAUGAUAGUUGUUCGAGAGAUAUCAUGGAACGGACACAGCAACACCUGGACGCAUACGCCAGAGAGGGCCUACGCACACUAUGUGUUGCUAAAAGAGUCUUGGAUGAGGCAGAGUACGAGGCAUGGCUGAAGAGACAUGCUUUUGCUGAAACCAGUAUUGAAAACAGGGAGGAACUUCUGCUAGAUUCUGCCCAGCGACUGGAAAAUAACCUUACUUUAUUGGGGGCGACCGGUAUAGUAGAUCGGCUGCAAGAAGAAGUUCCCGAGACUAUUGAAGCUUUACAGAGAGCAGGGAUCAAAGUAUGGGUCCUCACAGGGGACAAACAGGAGACGGCAGUUAACAUAGCUUGUGCCUGCAAACUACUGCGACCAACUGACCGGUUACUGACUGCCAACUGUGACAGUAAGGAAGCUUGUGAAGCUCGGCUCUGUGAGCUCCAGCAAGACAUCGGCACCAUCACAGAGAGGGGUUUAUCUGACAGUGGCAUGGGCGUGUCUGAGGGUGGUGCUGUUAUUUCUGGCUUUACUCUGGUGAUCGAUGGCCGGACUUUAGACUUUGCCCUACACGAGGACUUGCAGAAGGCAUUUCUGGAUCUGACGAGUGGCUGCCGGUCAGUCAUAUGCUGCAGAUCCACACCCCUGCAGAAGAGCCAAGUGGUUCGACUCGUUGGGGACUCCCUAGGGGUCAUGACCCUGGCUAUAGGUGACGGAGCAAAUGAUGUCAGUAUGAUUCAGGUGGCAGAUGUAGGUGUCGGCAUCUCAGGCCAGGAAGGCAUGCAGGCGGUGAUGUCCAGUGAUUUUGCAAUCUCUAGAUUUAAACACUUGAGAAAACUGUUGCUGGUCCAUGGUCAUUGGUGCUACACACGACUGGCUAACAUGAUCUUAUACUUCUUUUACAAGAAUGUGAUGUAUGUGAACCUGCUGUUCUGGUUCCAGUUUUUCUGUGGUUUCUCGGGUAGCACUAUGACUAAUUCAUGGGUUCUGAUCUUCUUUAACCUGCUGUUUACCUCUGUUCCACCGCUGCUAUACGGGGUAAUGGAUAAGGAUGUUUCUGCCAACACGCUGCUCUCCCUGCCUCAACUCUACAAAGCAGGACAGAACUGUGAGGCCUACCUCCCCUCCACCUUUUGGUUGACCAUUCUGGAUGCUUUUUACCAGAGCCUGAUCUGCUUCUUCAUUCCAUAUUGUGCAUAUGCGGGCUCAGACAUUGGGCUGUUCUCUUUUGGUUCCCCUAUCAAUGGCUCUGCGCUCUUCAUCAUUCUCCUACAGCAGGUCAUAGAGAGCCGCACGCUGACAUGGCUACAUGCAGUGGUGUUACUAGGCAGUGCUGCAUUCUACUACACCUUUGUCCUUGUGUUCAGUGUCACAUGUGUGACGUGUAACUCUCCCACAAAUCCCUAUGGCGUUGAGACCAAACUCAUGUCUGAGCCACUCUACUACUGUGUGUGUGGAUUCACUACUGUACUAGCUCUACUGCCCAGGGUGUUGUGCCGCGCUCUCUUGAACUCCAUCUGUCCGUCUGACCUGGUGAAAGCUCAGAAACUAGACAAGUCCGUCCUAGAGCAGUACUGGGCCACCAUUCAUCAGUGGAAAGAAAACAAACCGGACAGUCAAAAAGCCUCCAAUCACGUUCCUCAGACCCUCAGUGUGAAUGCUGAUGUCCCUCAUUCUGUAGACUGCAGUCAGGAAGCAGUUUCUGUACUCUCCUGACCAGAGAUUUUUUGAGCAAAUAUUGCUUCAAAACUGAGAAGUCGCUCAUUGCACUUUAAAGGCUUGGAGAUGCUUGGCAGGUCCAGUCAAAUCUCACAGCUAGCUGUGCUCUGACCAAUGAGAGUGUUCAGUCCCAACACUGACGUGCCUCCACACUCUUACCUUCUGCUUCUAAUCCCACAUCAGCACAAGGGGUCUUGAUCUGUUCUAGACCUAGACCCAAGCAUGGACUACCAAGGUGUUGUUUAUACCUAAAAGGCACUACACUGUGUUGCCUUAAAUAACACCUACACUCCAGCACUCCACAGGUAGAAAGAAGCUGAAGAGAUGUGGUGAGGACCAGUCUGCAUGUGGUUUAUUUGAACCAGCUUUUUGCAGUUAAUUCACUACAAGAGGUGCCAUUCAGCUACAGCACCGUCAUUCAGAAAUGUUACAUGGUAUAUGACCACAUAAAAAUCCAAACACAUGACCCUGAAAGGACUAGUCCAAAGUUUUGACCCUACCAAAAACAUUUUUUUUCCUUUUAAUGUUUUUCACGAAAAAAAGUUGCCGAAAAAAAAAACAUUCAAUGCAAACAAACCUCCCAAAGACAUGGCCUACAUUCACAUUAUGGUUAGUAUUGUUCAGUUCUUGUUUUCUGCUUAGGCACGCUCUUUCUGCCUGGAUGGUUAAUGUGAAAGAUCCACAUGCAUCAUGAAAAACAGGAAGAAAAAACAUUUCUUACAAGACAAUCCAUUACUGCAGUAGCAAUGUAUUUCAUGUUAGCACUGGAAAAUGACAGCAUUAAUGUGAGAAAAGAGGAAAGAACAUCUCACUGUUCUCACUAUGACUGCAUGGCUACGCAUUGGAUAUGUAUGCAGUGUGUCACUUUUAGCCAAAAAAAUCAGAUUUGUGCAAUGCAUAAUUUGAACAUAGUCUUAGAAAAUCUAAUACAUUAAUCACAAUAUUUAGUUCGAAUAUUAACAUCUUAUGGUAAGACUUCCAUAGACAUUCCAUGCUUAUUUGAAUGUUGGUAGCAAAGUAUUAGUACAAACUGUUUUUUGUUUUUUUUUAACCAAAAACUGGAUGAAGUUCUAUGUCCUGUGCAAGCCUGUGCUUUUAUCUUUUGUCAGCUUUUUCAGCUACAACACACAACACACAUAGUUAUUUAUAGGAAUGUACUGUAUACCUUCACAUUUAACUCUAUGCAUUGUAUGUGGAUCUCAGUUGUGAUGAAUGCGAACAGUAAUAGAAUAAUAUCAUGUCAGAAGGCUAAUGUGCUGUCGAUUGACUGAAUUAUUCAUGUUUAUUAUUUCUGUAAACCAGCACUAAUGGUCUCAUGCGACUCAGAGACUCUGAACUGUAUGUAUUAUGAAAGGAAGUAAGAUACUAAUGUGAAUAUCCGAGUGUGACCUGUGUUGAUCCACCAUUAUGAUAAAGAAUGAUCAUGUAAAUGCCUGGACAAAUGGAGUGAGUUUUUCCUAUGUCAGGAGGCCUUUACUUGACCAAAAGAUGCAUUUGUGUUUAAUUAGUUUUUGGAAAAUUGUGACAUUGAAAAUGUCUGUUUUUGUUUGUGUUUUUUUCUAUGCAAGGAAUAAAAAACUGAACAAC